CUGUAAACAUCCCAAUUAAGAAAGAUUAGUAUGCCUUCUGAGCUAAGGCAAAAGAGGAAUAUAAAUCAGAAGAGGGAAGAAAAAUUGAUUUUGCAUAUUUCAUUUUAAUUUUCAAAAAUUAGUAACUAAAUUAGUGAAUUCUGAUCCCACUCUCGGCGAAAUAAGCAUCAGAAAUCAUGGCAGGGCGGUCGCCGACGAUGAUCGUGACCAACACUCCGGCGAAGGAUCUCGCGUACACGAAUUUCGCGUACUGUUCACCCUCCGAUCUCCGAAAUUUCCUCGUACCUGGAUCCAGGCUCGCCUUCGCUUUGAUUGGCGAUGUGUUCGUUCUGUGUAUUUCUGGGCAUGAUGCCAUUCCAAAUGGCCAUGUUGGUCUUAAUGCCAUUCAACGUCGCCAUGCGAAAGUUUCCACUGGGGACGCAGUAUCGGUUAGCAAAUUUAUUCCUCCUGAAGAUUUCAACCUUGCUUUGCUAACGUUGGAAUUGGAGUUUGUGAAGAAAGGCGCAAAAGAUGAAAAUGUAGACGCCGCCCUUCUAUCCCAGCAGAUUCGCAAGAGAUUUAUCAACCAGAUUAUGACAACUGGGCAGAGGGUAACAUUUGAAUAUCAUGGCAAUGGAUAUAUCUUCACUGUAACUCAAGCUACUAUAGAGGGUCAAGAAAAAAGUAAGGGUAUCGAGAGAGGGAUGAUAUCAGCUGACACAUACAUUGUUUAUGAAGCAUCAAAGUCAAGUGGAAUAAAGAUUGUCAACCAGCGGGAAGCUACGAGCAGCAAUAUCUUCAAGAACAAAGAAUUCAAUCUUCAAUCAUUCGGUAUAGGUGGUUUGAGUGCAGAGUUUGCUGAUAUAUUUCGAAGAGCUUUUGCAUCGAGGGUUUUCCCUGCACAUGUGACCUCUAAACUUGGCAUCAAGCAUGUUAAAGGAAUGCUGCUUUAUGGACCUCCUGGUACUGGGAAGACUUUAAUGGCUCGGCAAAUCGGAACAAUGUUGAACGGAAAGGAACCAAAGAUUGUAAAUGGACCUGAAGUGUUGAGCAAAUUUGUUGGAGAAACGGAGAAGAAUGUGCGGGAUCUAUUUGCUGAUGCUGAGAAUGACCAAAGAGCAAACGGUGAUCAAAGCGAGUUGCAUAUCAUAAUUUUUGAUGAAAUUGAUGCAAUUUGCAAGUCGAGAGGUUCAACUAGAGACGGGACUGGAGUACAUGAUAGUAUUGUAAACCAACUCCUCACCAAGAUAGAUGGUGUGGAAUCUCUGAAUAAUGUUUUGCUCAUUGGAAUGACGAACAGGAAAGAUUUGCUGGAUGAAGCUCUUUUGAGGCCUGGACGUCUGGAAGUUCAAGUCGAGAUCAGCCUUCCUGAUGAAAAUGGUCGUUUGCAAAUUCUUCAGAUUCAUACAAAUAAGAUGAAAGAAAGUUCUUUUCUUGCUCCAGAUGUGAACUUGGAAGCGCUAGCUGCUCGGACGAAAAAUUUUAGUGGAGCAGAACUUGAAGGUGUCGUGAAAAGUGCAGUAUCAUAUGCACUGAAUAGGCAACUAAAUAUGGAAGAUCUUACCAAACAAGUGGAUGAGGAGAAUAUAAAAGUUGUUAUGGAUGAUUUUUUGAAUGCCCUUCAUGAAGUUAUUCCAGCAUUUGGAGCUUCAACAGAUGACCUUGAACGCUGCAGACUGAACGGAAUCAUGGAAUGUGGUACCCGGCAUGAUCACAUAUACCAAAGAAGUAUGCUGUUAGCAGAACAAGUUAAAGUUAGUCAAGGAAGUCCACUUGUUAGUUUCCUUCUGGAAGGCCCGAGUGGCAGUGGUAAGACUGCGAUGGCAGCAACAAUUGGUAUUGAAAGUGAUUUCCCCUACGUCAAGAUAAUAUCCGCUGAAACAAUGAUUGGACUCAGUGAACCCACAAAAUGUGCCCAGAUUGUUAAGGUAUUUGAAGAUGCAUACAAAUCACCACUAAGCGUAAUUAUCCUUGAUGAUAUUGAAAGGUUAUUGGAGUAUGUUGCAAUUGGGCCUCGCUUUUCAAAUUUAAUUUCUCAGACAUUAUUGGUGCUCCUGAAACGACUUCCUCCCAAGGGGAAAAAAAUUCUUGUUAUUGGGACAACAAGUGAAGUAAACUUCCUGGAGUCAGUUGGCAUUCGAGAUGCUUUCGCACUUACCUACCAUGUUCCGACACUAAAGACCGAAGAUGCCAAAAAGGUGUUACAAAAGCUCAAUGUUUUCUCGAAUGAUGAUGUCGACGCCGCUGCUGAGGCAUUAAAUGAUAUGCCCAUCAAGAAGCUCUACAUGGUGGUUGAAAUGGCUGCUCAAGGUGAAAACGGUGGAAGUGCCGAAGCCAUUUACUCUGGUAAAGAAAAGAUCAACGUUGCGCACUUUUAUGAUUGCCUUCAGGAUAUGGUGCGUUAUUAGUGCACGAACAUUCGCAUCUUGCUUCGUUGCAGGUUCUUUUUACACUUCUCUUUCGGGUUUCUUUCUUCACUGUUUUCUGUCCCGACAUUUAUGUAUUGUUUUCUGUUCUGAUCGUUAGAGAGAGGCAUUUGGGGCUAGGUUUUAGCAUUCGUUGAAAAACUAAAACUAUUUAAAGUUCGUUUUUGGUAGUAAGUUGGUUUUUCAUUGCUGUAUUAUUUGUAUGAUCAUCGUUACGGUUCGCACACUUGUACUGAAAAUUAAUAGCAACUAUUUUUUUGGAUCGCGUGAACAAAAUUUGAUGAGAUGUCUAUGUUACGGAU